CAGCAUCCCUUCCGUUCCAAGAUGGCGUCGGAGUCCCACUUCCGGUGAGGGCGGCUAAGGAGGACGUGUGGUCGGCCGGGCUCGGAGAGGGGGGAAAAGGCCAGGUGCGCUGAAAGAGACACACCCACCCACCCCCGGGAAUCGGAGCCAUGGCUGCCGUAGUAGCCAAACGCGAAGGCCCCCAGUUCAUCAGCGAAGCUGCCGUCCGAGGGAACGCGGCCAUCCUGGAUUACUGCAGGACGUCGGUCUCUGCCCUCUCGGGAGCGACAGCCGGGAUCCUUGGUUUGACCGGCCUGCACGGGUUCAUCUUCUACUUCCUGGCCUCCGUCCUCCUCUCGGUGCUUCUGGUGUUAAAAGCCGGGCGGCGGUGGAACAAGUACUUUAAAUCUCGACGACCCCUUUUUACCGGGGGGCUGAUUGGGGGCCUGUUCACCUACGUCCUCUUUUGGACUUUCCUCUACGGCAUGGUGCACGUUUACUAGGAGGAAGAGGAGGACGACGACACUGCGUCGGGGAGGUUCCGAUGGAGCGAGAGGACUGUUGCCAAAACAUCCACCUCAUCUCUUAGGCCGGAGAUUUGCUGAUCCAUUUGCUUGCACUGUUAACACUGUCCAUAACUUAUGUCAGAAAACAUGCCUGUAGAAUCCUGCUAAUUAAAACACAAUGUGAAAUCA